AUGCACUUGUGUCGACUGUGUUUGUGAAUGACAGCUAGGCUAGCGACUAGAUGCGAUCCGGCAACUGCCUAGAUUAUCAAUUUACUGUUGUUUAGACCAUAAUACCAAGAUCAAGAUGUUUGAGGAGGCUAGUGAGGUGUUCGAUAACAUGUUUAAGUCCUCUUUCCCCCUGACUUUCAUUGUGUUUAUCCCCGCGGUGCUGAUUCUCGUCUCACCCCUUCCAGCCGAAGCGGCACAUGAAUUCACCGUGUACCGCAUGCAGCAGUAUGACCUGCAGGGACAACCGUACGGUACCAGGAAUGCCAUAUUGAACACAGAGGCGCGUACUGUGGAGGCGGAAGUGCUAAGCCGCCGCUGUGUCAUCAUGCGGCUGGUGGACUUCUCCUAUGAGAGGUAUCAGAAAGCCCUGCGCCAGUCCGCUGGGGCUGUGGUCAUCAUUCUCCCCAAGAAUAUGUCCACCAUGCCGCAGGACAUAGUGCAGCAGUUCAUGGAGCUGGAGCCAGAGAUGCUGGCCACAGAGACCGUUGUCCCGGUUUACUUUGCUCUGGAGGAUGAUGAGCUGCUCUCCAUCUACACACAGACCCUCACCUCCUCCUCCUCCCAGGGCUCCUCCUCUGCAGCUGAAGUGCUGAUCCACACAGCCACAGCCAAUGGCUUUCAGAUGGUGACGAGUGGGGCUCAGAGCAAGGCAGUGAGUGACUGGGCCAUUACCAGUCUAGAGGGGCGACUGGCUGGAACUGGAGGAGAGGACCUGCCCACCAUUGUCCUGGUGGCUCACUACGACUCCUUUGGUGUCGCUCCGUGGCUGUCCUAUGGAGCAGACUCUAACGGCAGUGGGGUGUCUAUGCUGCUGGAGUUAGCCAGGCUCUUCUCCAGACUCUACACCUACAAGAGGACACACGCUGGAUACAACCUGCUUUUCUUUGUCUCUGGAGGAGGGAAGUUCAACUACCAAGGCACCAAGCGCUGGCUGGAGGACAACCUGGAUCAUACAGACUCCAGUCUGUUGCAGGACAAUGUGGCAUUUGUGUUGUGUCUGGACACCCUGGGGAACGGGGACAGUCUGCACCUUCACGUGUCCAAACCCCCUAAAGAGGGAACCGCCCAGUACGCCCUGCUCAAAGAGAUGGAGACUGUGGCGUCCAACCAGUACCCAGAGGUCAAGUUCUCAAUGGUGCACAAGAAGAUAAACCUGGCGGACGAUACACUGGCGUGGGAACACGAGCGCUUCGGGAUCCGCCGGCUGCCGGCCUUCACGCUGUCCCACCUCAACAGCCACCGCGAGGUGCAGCGCUCCAGCAUCAUGGACGUGCGGUCAGUGUCCCCCUCUUCUGAACAUGGAUUGGGAGAGCCCCCUGCUGGACCUCAUGUGGAUCUGAGAAAGCUCAGCAGGAACACAAAGCUGAUUGCAGAGUCGCUGGCCAGAGUCAUCUACAACCUCACAGAGAAGGGUGCCCCAGGUGACCUACAGAUUUUCACUGAACAAAUGCAGAUGCAGGAGGAGCAGCUGUCGUCGGUGGUGGACUGGCUGACAGCCCAGCCGCGGGCUGCCCAGCUGGUGGACAAGGACAGCAGCGUGGUCAGCACCCUGGAGUACCACCUGGGACGGUACCUGAAGGACGUCCGCAGGCACUACGUCAAGGCUGACAAGAGAGACCCAGAGUUUGUCUUCUACGAUCAGCUCAAACAGACCAUGAAUGCUUACAGGGUGAAACCAGCCAUCUUUGACCUGCUUCUGGCAUUCUGCAUCGCAGCUUACCUCGGAGUGAUAUAUCUGUCCAUCCAGCACUUUGUGGUUCUCUACAGUGUGGUGCGCAGAAUCACAACGCCCAAGACCAAGCAGCAUUAAGCCACUCCUCUUCCUCUCAUUCAGACUCCUCACACCGACAACGAGCUCUAGCCAGUAACAAAACGGGGGCGGACCAAGCAGCUCAUCUUUUUUUUUUACCACCCAAUCUAUCUCCUUUGUUCCUCUUUGGAAAUGAAACGUGUUGAAUCAUUUCUCUCUGCCAAGUUUAGCCAUCUAGUCAGUUCCUUCAAUGGCUGUCAAGUCAGAAUGCACUCUGGUCUUCCUGUCCCCGUGAAAUCAGAUGACAAACAUUUCCUCGUACGCCCAAUCCCUCAUCAACUCCUAGUCCCUAACCCCUAUUUUCCCCUAUGAUCUGAGAGAAUUUGAUAGGUGUAAGAAAUAUGGUAAUAGCAUUAACUUGUGCUCAGAUAUGCUGGGUGACAUUUUCACCAGUUUGCUUACACCUAUCCAUAAGGAGUAGGUACUAGGGGUUGUUGUGGGAUUGGGCAUUUCUAUACCCACAGCUCACUCCUCAGUGCCCUAUAGUGUGAAUUUUGCCAAACCACAAUGGGUCGUCUUCUUGGGCAGCUAUGGAGUAGCAGUGAGACUUGGCAAUAUUGUUUGGAUGGAUGGUUGAUAUAUUUAGUCAACCUGACUAGAUUUAUUUUUCUAUAGGAUUUUUUUCUUUUUUUUAACCCCAAUGAACUAAUUAAAUAGUGCCUUCAGAAAGUAUUCAUACACCUUGACUUAUUCCAUAUUUUUGUUGUUACAGCCUGAAUUCAAAAUGGAUUAAAUUGUUUUUUUCUCAUCCAUCUACACACAAUACUCCAUAAUGACAAAGUGAAAAAAUUUUUUUACAUUUUGUAGCAAUUUCUUUGCACAACCCUGAGUCAAUAGAUGUUAGAAUCACCUUUGACAGCGAAUACAGCUGUGAGUUUUACACACCUGGAUUGUACAAUAUUUGCACAUUAUUCUUAAAAAAAUUCUUCAAGCUCUGUCAAGAUGAUUGUUGAUCAUUACUAGACAGCGAUUUUUCAAGUCUUGCCAUAGAUUUUCAAGACGACUUUAAGUCAAAACUGUAACUAGGCAACUCAGGAACAUUCAAUGUCGUCUUGGUAAGCAACUCGUGUAUAUUUGGCCCUGUGACACCCAGUGUCUGUUGGAAAGCAGACUGAACCAGGUUUUCCUCUAGGAUUUUGUCUGUGCCUAGCUUUAUUCUGUUUAUUUUUAUCCUAAAAAACUCCCUAGUCCUUGCGGAUGACAAGCAUACCCAUAACAUGAUGCAGCCACCACCAUGCUUGAAAAUAUGAAGAGUGGUACUCAGUGAUGUUGGAUUUGCCCCAAACAUUAGCGCUU